AUGUAUUCAACUCCCGAUCUACGUGAAUGGAAAGGAAACUCCAACCAUCUUCGAUGUUCUCGAUACGGGAUCAAGGGACUUCUGCUGGGAAUCCCUUGGUUACGACGAUGGAGUCCUCGGAUUGACUGGAAGACUGGCCAUCUCCAGUGGGAAGAAGCUCGUGAGGAACGACCCAGAAGCGGUCUCUCAGGGAGCCCCAGGCUAUGCGAGACAGUAGCAUAUGCCUUCGAUAAGCUCAAGGAGCUGAUUCUCCAAGAACCGAUCCUCAAAAUCCCAGACCCAGAAAAACCUUUCGAAGUCGAAACUGAUGCUUCAGAAUUCGCUCUGGGAGGACAACUUGGACAACGAGACGAGGAAGGACGAGUUCACCCCGUCGCCUUCUACUUAAAGAAGCUCAACGGACCUGAGCUUAAUGACCAAAUCCACGACAAGGAACUGAUGGCUAUUAUCGAAGCCUUCAGAGAAUGGAAGCACUACCUCACAGGAACGAAACAUCCUGUCAAGGUCUACACGGAUCACAAGAAUCUGACUAACUUCACGACCACGAAAGCCCUUAACAAACGUCAAACAUAA